AUUCACGAAGUGGUUCGUUGUUCACUCCCAUUGUUAUACCAGCCUUCGUCAAUCCAAUUCAGGCCAUUCACCAGCUACUUUUGGGAUCUUGCACGAUAUUCUUGCAAAUUUUUCACCAACCCCUCAGUCUUGGACCAUAUACCCCAUCCCUCGUCCGAUUCUCAUCAUCCCAUCUGCAUUUCAUACCAGCUGAACACUCCCCUCUCAUACACGAUUUCACGAAAGGUCUACAGACGACUGACAAAAAGCAUUCACCGCACCAUCUUACAAACACCGUCACGAUGUCGGACAAUGGAGACCUCGAUGCAGAGCUUCUCGCGCUCGCUGACGAAGAGGAGGAGGAGGAGGAGGAGGAAGCAGAAUCGGGGGAAGCGUCCGCGCCAGGCUCACCUGACUCUCUAGGUUCUGGAGCAAUGUCCGAGUCAGACGACGAAGGUGCCAUAGUCGAAGAUGGAGGCUCUCUUUACCCGCUGGAAGGGAAAUAUCGAGACGCGAGUGACAAGGCUAAGAUCCUAGGUUUGUCUGAAAUUCAGCGCGAACAGAUCUUAGCAGAUCGUGCGGCAGAAAUUGAGAAGCAGACACAAGACAAAUAUCUGGAACAGCUUUUCCAGCAACGAGACAAGAAGAGAAACGCCGAAGCUGCCGAGCUUGACGAGAUUCAACGAAAGACCAGUCGCCCGAAGGUGAAGGCCCAUGAUCCACUCGAGAGCUACAAGCGCAGCCGAGAACAGCGAGGUCAAGAACUCCAGCGACAACGUGAGCGUAAAGAAAGAAGGGGCCGGGCUUCUCGCUCCCCAUCAUCGGCCAGACCAGAGUCAGAAAAAGAUGCCGAUGGCGAUUCUGACGAAGUCGAAUAUGCUGAGAAUCGCCGAGUUCCGCCUAAAGAGGAUCCUCCCGCGGAUAUCAAGGACGUCAUGCAUGCGCUAAUCAAGAGAGAAAACUUCGCCAAAGUCUGCUUCUGGCCAGACUUUGAGAAAGCGCUGUUAGACUGCUUCUGUCGCGUGAGUGUUGGGCCUGGAGAGCAUGGAGCCAACACCUAUCGUAUUGGUCAGAUCACAGGUUUUGAGACGAAGCAGCCUUACGUGGUCGAGAAUGAUAAAGGAAAGAAAAUAAUGACAGACUUAUAUGUUACGUGCAAGCAUGGGCGCGAUGUCAAAACCGUUCCAUUCUCGCACGUAUCGAACUCGAGAGCUACCGAGAACGAAUUCGACAGGUACAAGGCUGUGGUAGCAGCAGAAGGGAAGAAAUUUCCAACUAGGUCUGUCGUGCAUGGAAAGCUCGAGGACAUAACGAAUCUGCUCAAUCGGCGAUUUACAGACCAAGAGUUGAGUGAAAAACUUAAGCGUCAAGACAAAUAUGCAGCUAGGCUCAUGGAGCUUACUGCCUCAGCUCUGCCAGCGAGACAAAGCCAAUCACAAAUGCAAGCUGAUAGACUGGCGAAUUUAAAUGCUGAGAAUCGUCGGAAGAAUAACGAGGAGAUCCGUAAUGCUCUUCUAGAAGAGCGAAGAGUCGAACGAAAGAGACGGCAGGCAGCACAGAGGAAGUAUGAAGAGAGACAAAAAUUGGAAAGGGCCCAGGCUGAGAAAGAAACCACCAAAGCAAGGCUUGCUGUACCAACCGAUGACCUCUUCGAUGGUAGCGACAUCAGUAGAACAGCUACACCCGGCGGCAACGAACUCUCACGAGCCGGCACGCCAUUGCAGAAGAAAGAGCGCAACGCUAUACCGACAUUCAAGAAGAAGGCAAUGGACGACGAUGUCAUUGCGGCUAUGGACUUUGGCCUUGAAGUCGACAUCUGAACUGACUUGGUGGUCGCUACAAUCGCACAUGUACUAUGGUUAUAGAUACUAGGGAGACAGUAUAUGAUGCCCAAAAUCAGUCUUCCUAGUAGAUGGAUAGGAAAGGGCUCGACGCUAGGGAAAGCAGUUGCGCAUAUUGACUGGUGUAGGAGCAUUGCAUUCUUGAAUCUCAAGUAACUAUCUCACGGCAUUUCAGCAUAGGGUUGACCUCUCAUUUCUCCCAAAAGUGAAGAAUAAUUCUGUUGUUAUCAUCCAUCGAUGAACUCGCCCCAAAUACCGCCUGAUCAUAUCUUGGAUGUAAGCAG